CAGAACGGUACAAUCAUUCACUCCGCCUGCGUGUGAAGUAUUCUCUCUUCAUCCCCGUAACCUUUCCAAACAGCGUCAGCGUGCCAAGAUGGAAACAUAAUCUGCAUUCAGCUUUAGUUGCUUUGAGAGAUGGAAGAAAAGCCCUUCAAAAUGAGGAUGGCGAAUCCCCCUUUGCCUCGUGCCUUUGCUGUUUCAGUGCAGAGUAUUUUUAGCUGGAAACAACUGGCUUCUUAAAAUGGAGUUUGUAAUGGUAAGGGUGCAGGAGGUUGGUAUGUGAGGUAUCUGGGCUCUGCCUCCGUCUAUUCUUUCUCCAGGGACUGUUCUAACUUUGUUACCUCUCCCUCUCCCUGUUUCUCUGAUCAGGAGUUGUAACAAGUACUAAAGAAGGAAGGCAAAAUCUUUCCAGCGAACCAAUUUUAUUACCCCUGUUGUUUUUGUUUUUGUGUGUGGUAUUGUGUGAAUAAUAUAACUUUUACAAUGAAUGCAGUCUGGCUCUGUUUGGCGGCUGUCUUUAUCGCUUGCAUCAGCUGUAGAGCAGAAGAUGGACUUGAAUUCCCCCGGUAUGAUGGAAAAGACAGAGUUGCCGACGUCGACAUGAAAAACUACCAAAAGAUUUUGGAAAAGUAUGAUAUCCUGUGCCUGUUGUAUCACGCGUCGGUCCCUGCGGGAGACAAAGUUGCUCAGAAACGGUUUGACCGCGCGGAAUUGGUUCUCGAGCUGGCAGCUCAGGUCUUGCAAGACAAGAACAUUGGAUUUGGGCUUGUAGAUGAGAAGAAGGAUGCAAAGCUGGCUAAGAAACUGGGUGAGAAGGUGCAUUAUCCAACAUUAAUAUCAACCCUCAGGAAACUGCGUCCAGAGGAUGUGUUUGAGACAUGGGAGGAUGAUAUGGAUGGGAUCCAGAUUGUUGCUUUUGCUGAAGAAGAAGACCCUGAUGGUUAUGAAUUUCUGUCAAUUUUAAAAGAGGUAGCAAGAGAAAACACAAAUAAUCCAGACCUAAGCAUUGUGUGGAUUGACCCUGAUGACUUCCCACUGCUGUUUACCUAUUGGGAGAAAACUUUCAAGAUUGACCUUCACAAGCCUCAGAUUGGUAUAGUUAAUGUCACUGAUGCUGACAGUGUCUGGAUGGAUAUUAAAGAUGAUGAUGAUCUACCAUCAACUGAUGAACUAGAAGAAUGGCUUCAUGAUGUUCUGUCAGGAAAAGUCAAUACAGAAGAUGAUGACGAUGAUAACAAUAACAAUGAUGAUGAUGACAAUGGUAAUGAUGAUGACGACGAUGAUGAUGACGAUGAUGAUGAUGAUGAUGACGACAAUGAUGACGAUGAUGAUGAUGACGAUGAUGAUAAUGAUGACGAUGAUGACGAUUAACUCUUCAGUUUAAGAUUAAUUAUCUAUACUGUGAACAACAAAUCUUCUAAUUCUACAUGUUUAAAGGUAUUCUUAAAUUGAUAUAUUUGUAAUUUAAGAUGAGUAAUUGAAAUUGAAUACUAAUUCCCAUGGUGCGAAAAUAAGGCCCUGGGAUAAAAUCUCAGAUAUUUGAAAUGAAAAGUACCUGGUUUAUACAA